AAUAUAUAACUAGAUAUAAAAAAAAGUUGAUAAAAGGCAAGUUGAAAUCUCCCGUAGUCUACUUUCUGUUUCUUAAGACAAACCAGGAUGCAUCUAUUUAUUUUAGGCGCCCUUUUGGCUUUGGCUAAUGCAGCCCCCAGAACUUGUCAUGGUGACGUCAACAACCUAAACCCUUCAGGAAAACAGAAUGGAGGUGUGGCGGCCUCUAACGCUGAUGUCCAGUACGAUGUUCCCGCCCUCAACCAACACAGGAACUGCUACCAGCAGACAGCAGACAACAACUGUAUCCAAGCCUCAGUGAUCGCUGCCAUCGCCAGUAGAGAGUCCAGAGGCGGAACCCUCCUUUAUGCCACAGGUGGUUACGGUGACUUUGGCCACGCCUGGGGAAUUAUGCAG